AUGGAUACCAAGGACGCGCCGCAGCUCAUCGAGCACAUUUACCAUUCGGUGGCGUACACGCCUUUUGUAACUCGCUGGAUUCCGCAAACGGCGAAGCUUGUUAUUUUAGGGGAGACACCGAGAGGGACGGGGACGCUCUCUGUGUGCUCCUUGGAAGAGAGUAGUCUAUCCGUAGUUGCAAAGAACGAAGAGCAGCCGAGCGGCUUCAAAAGCGCUGUCACGUACAAAAGCCGAUCCGGCGCGACGUGCCUCGCCGCAGGACACCUUGAUGGCUCGAUGACACUAUGGGAUCUCGAACACCUGCGAGAGCCUAUCACCAGAAUAACGGCGCACAAGGCCUCAGUGAACUCCAUCGAUGCCUGCGGCACGUCAUCGGGAAAAUCAGACGGACAGUCGAGCAGCCGGGCUACGAUCGCCACGGGCAGUGCAGAUGGCUGCGCCAGUGUAUGGGACACUCGCGAUAACUCUGGAGAGAUUCUCUCCAUAGAACCAGCGGAGGGGGAAGAGGCCGCUGACUGCUGGGCAGUUGCCUUUGGAAAUGCUGAAAGCUCGGAGGACGAUGCCGUCCUUGCCGCAGGCUACGAUAACGGCGAUGUCAAGUUGUUCGACAUGCGUGCCGCGAGACUUAGUUGGGAUAUUAACCUUGACUACGGUGUUUGUCAUCUCCAAUUCGACCGCAAAAAUAUAGUCAUGAACAAGCUUGCAAUCUCCUGUCUCGAGGGUCACUUAUUCAUGGCGGAUAUGCGCACGUUUCAUCCAGAAGAGGGCUUCGCCAAGAAUUCACAAAAGCUCUCCGAAAGUGAGAACGUCUACGGACGCCUUACACUGCGAAUGUCUGACGAUUCGAAAGGCACGGGUGGCUAUACCGGUGCCAUGUAA